UGUGCGAGGGGAGAAGAGGAAGAAGAAGAAGAAGAAGAAGAAGACGGGAGAGGGUGGAGUGAUGGGAGGGAGGAAAGGGGAGGGGAGGGUGACACUUUUCCUGGCUAGCCGACCUAUCACUGCGCUAUAUUUCUGGAGGCCUGUAGGUGAUGCACAUGCAGAGGGGAGAGGAGACACUUGCUAGAGUCUGCUCAAGUCAUCUGUGCUGCAGGGGACCACUUCCCUUGUGACAUUUGCCACCACCUAAUUGCCUCUCUGAUUAAUUAGACUGCCUGUGAUGGUGCAAAUUGUAGCGGGGAGAUUUCCUGCCGCGCUGUGAACUCCUGCUGCCACCAUCUCUGUGUCUUUUUUUUUUUUCUUCUUUUUUUCUCAGCCAAUGCUCAACAUGACACUGGAUAGAGACGCCUGUUGGACACAAUGACAGCCGACAAGGAGAAGAGAAGGGCGAUCAGCCGCGAGGCGGCCAGAAGGAGACGACGGGUGGAGUCUGACGUGUUUGGAGAUUUAUCUCGCCUCCUGCCGCUCCAGCCCUCCAUCCGAGACAACCUGGACAAGCCCUCCGUCAUUCGCCUCACCCUCAGCUACAUACGCAUGCACUCAUUGCUCAAAGGAAAUGCUGGAACAAGAGCAGAGGCCAGCCACACAGUAAAAUAUGGACAAGUGUUGGCAGGUGGAGGGGAACUGCGAGUGUGUGGCGGAGGCCGCGACGACAAGGAGAAGGAGACGGAGGAAGCUGAGGCCUCGGAGGAGACCAACAUGUACCUGAGGAUCCUGGAGGGAUUUGUGAUGGUUAUAUCCACUGAGGGAGACAUGAUCUACCUGUCUGACAAUGUCGGCAAAUACAUGGGGUUGACACAGACUGAGUUGAUGGGACACAAUAUUUUUGAGUUUACUCACCCCUGUGACCACGAGGAAAUCAGAAAUAAUCUACGGCUAACGGCAGAGGAAGUUUGGUGUGGUGCAAAGAGGGACUUUGUCAUGAGGAUAAAAAGCGCUCUGACACACAGAGGAAGAAGCACCAACCUCAAAUCAGCUACGUGGAAGGUUCUGCACUGUCAGGGCCGAGCGAAGGUGUGCGUCACUCCCUCUUCAGUCUCCUGCCUGCUGCUAACCUGCCAACCUCUGCCCCUCUCACACACACUCCUCAGCACGUACACCUUCACCAGCCAGCACAGCAUGGACAUGAGGUUCACAUACUGUGACCAGAGAGUGACUUUGCUUUUAGGCUACAGUCCUGAGGAGCUGCUGGGCCGUUCCAUCUAUGAUCUCUGUCACACGCUGGACACAAGCUGUUUGACCAAGAAUCAUCUGAACUUGUGUUUCAAGAGUCAGUCAGUCAGCGGUCAGUACAGGAUGCUGGUGAAAGGUGGAGGUUAUGUCUGGGUGGAGAGCCACAGUGCUGUCAUCCCCAGUGUCCGACCCUCCAAGUCCAGACCUGGCGCUCACCAGCCGCUCUGCAUCCUCUGUGUUACCUACAUCCUAAGUGGAGUGGAGGAGCCAUCCCUGCAGCUUUCUUUGGACCAGACUGUCAGCAGAUAUUUGAGCUGAAACCAGAGUAUGAAGAUCAGUCUGCUGAAUCCUCAUCCUAAAAGAAACAACAACAAUCUGCUCUACCUCCUUCUGUGAAUUCCUAUCAGCUAUUUUCAUGGAACUAACUUUUAUUAAACAUUAAGCUUUCUAAUUCA